GGCAGUUGCCGAGUCACGGCCGGGCGGGGCCGCGGCGGGCGGGGCGGGGCCGGGCGGGGCGAGCGCCGCAGCGGGACCAGUCGCCAGCUCCUGCAUCCCCGGCCCUGCCACUCGGAGCAGCAGCAUCAUCAUCAUCCUCCGCACACCCUCCCCCCCCGCCGGGCCCCGCACCCCCCCCUCCCCCCCGCGGCGGGGCCACCAUGGCCGAGAUCACCAGUGUCCACCCCGGCUUCGACGUGUCCCCCGUGGUGGCCGGGCUCAUCGGCGCGACCGUCCUGGUGGUCUCCGUCUCGGUCACGGUGUUUGUGUGGACAUGCUGUCACCAGCAGGCCGAGAAGAAGCACAAAACCCCCCCCUAUAAGUUCAUCCACAUGCUGAAAGGCAUCAGCAUCUACCCCGAGACCUUGAGCAACAAGAAGAAAAUCAACCGGCUGCGCCGAGACAAGAGCGGGACCCCCAAGGAGGCCGCGCGGGGGAACCUCCUGGUGGAAGCGGCCGAGUCGGGGCUGGCGGGCCCCGACAAGGCCCCGGCCGUGCCCACCGCGGCCCCCCGGGUCGAGCAGCUCCCCAUCCAGGUGGAUUAUGGGGACGAACUCAGCCCGGACCGGAGCCUCACCCCGGCGGGCAGCAAAACCUCCUCGCCGUCCUCGCCGGGCGACGACGUGACGCUGGGCGAGCUGACCUUCUCGGUGGACUACAACUUCCCCAAAAAGGCCCUGGUGGUCACCAUCCAGGAGGCCCGCGGGCUGCCCGUGAUGGACGAGCACACGCAGAGCUCUGACCCCUACAUCAAGAUGACCAUCCUGCCCGACAAGAGGCACCGCGUGAAGACCCGGGUGCUGCGCAAGACGCUGGAGCCGGUGUUCGACGAGACCUUCACCUUCUAUGGGAUCCCCUACAGCCAACUGCAGGACCUGGUGCUGCACUUCCUCGUGCUCAGCUUCGACCGCUUCUCCCGCGACGACGUGAUCGGAGAGGUCGUGGUGCCCCUGGCCGGCGUCGACCCCAGCACCGGCAAAGUGCAGCUCACCAGGGAGAUCCUCAAGAGGAACAUCCAGAAGUGCCUGAGCCGGGGGGAGCUGCAGGUGUCCCUGUCCUACCAGCCCGUGGCGCAGAGGAUGACCGUGGUGGUGCUGAAGGCCCGGCACCUGCCAAAGAUGGACAUCACCGGCCUCUCAGCAGACCCCUACGUCAAGGUGAACGUCUACUACGGGCGCAAGCGCAUCGCCAAGAAGAAGACCCACGUCAAGAAGUGCACCCUGAACCCCGUGUUCAACGAGUCCUUCAUCUACGACGUGCCCGGGGAGCUGCUGCCCGACGUCAGCAUCGAGUUCCUGGUCAUCGACUUCGACCGCACCACCAAGAACGAGGUGGUCGGGAGGCUCAUCCUGGGCGCCCACAGCGCGACGCCCGCGGGCGCCGAGCACUGGAGGGAGGUCUGUGACAGCCCCAGGAAACCCGUGGCCAAGUGGCACAGCCUGAGCGAGUACUAAAAAAAAAAACAAAGCAAGGCACCAACCUUCUUUCCAUCCCCACCCUCCCCCCGAGCCCACCUAGGACAGACUUAAAACCUUGUUUUAGCUGUAGGACUAAAAAAAAAAAACAAAAAAC